AUGAAUGUGUUUGAACAGCGCUCACGGAAGGAACAAAAGCUGUAUCAUACAAGUCAGGAGCGAAUUAAUUACGAAAGUCUAGCGACACUGUUUAGUCUCAUUACUUGCCUCGACUUUCUGGAGCGUGCGUAUGUGCGUGGCGCUGUUCCGGAAGAUGCGUAUGCGACAGAGUGUACACGACUGCUGGGCCAGUACAAGAUUGUUAGUAAGCUCGUAACGGACCCGUCCAAGCCUUCGCCCUACUAUUUCAAGGACGUGGAUGCGUUUAUGGCGCAUUUUCAGAUGGACCACCCUGCGGCCGCACAUCGUCUUGCCCUGGGCGUGCCUGCGACGAUCGAGCAUGCGCACAUCGAUGCGACAGCGACAUCGUCGUCCAAUGGAGGCGCUCAUAUCGUGGCAGAAAUCACGCAGAACUUUAUUACGCUCAUGGAUGCCCUUAAGCUGAGAAUGCGGGCCAAGGACCAGCUUCACCCUUUGCUGAGCGAUCUGCUUAGCACGUAUACCCAGGUGAGCGGCGGCUCCGGCGAGGCGCGCCAAAAACUCCUCGAGUGGCUCAUCACGCUAAACAAGCUCAGCGCGAGUGACGAAGUGGACGAGGCGCAGGCGCGCGAGAUGCUCUUUGACAUUGAAAAUGCGUACAAUGCGUGGUUUAAGAGUUUACAGAAUCGUGUGUAG